UUCAGUGUUUGUGUAGCUUAAGAACAGGUAAAUAUAACUGUUCUCGACAGUCUUUCUUUAUUUCCCUUUCAUAUAUCCACGUGUACCACACAAUACGGACGGAUACACUAAGUGAUCGCCGAAAUGUCCCAGUGUGACGCUGAUGAGGAACAGGCCGAGCCAGUCCAGCUGACGGAAACACAGCUGGAAGAAUGUAAGGCAGCCUUUGCGAUGUUCGACAAGGAUGGUGACGGGACAGUGACCACUGACGAACUAGCAACAGUGAUGCGUUCGAUGGGACAAAAUCCUUCAGAUGCUGAGGUAGAGCAGAUGAUCAACGAUGUCGACAAAGACGGUAGUGGUUCUGUGGAUUUUGAAGAAUUUUUAGUACUAAUGGGAAGUUAUAUGCAAGGCGCUGAUCCGGAGAAUGAUUUACGGGAAUCUUUUAAAGUGUUUGACAAGGACGGCAAUGGGUUCAUCAGUGCGACUGAACUUAGGCAUGUCAUGACAAAUCUGGGAGAAAAGUUGACAGAAGCAGAGGUCGACGAAAUGAUAUUGGAAGCAGAUUUAGAUGGGGAUGGGCAAAUUAAUUUCGAAGAGUUCCGAGAGGCAUUCAGUCUGUUCGACAAGGAUGGAGACGGAUCCAUUCCUACUGCUGAAUUGGGAACAGUACUCCGAGCUCUUGGUCAGAAUCCGUCGGCAUCCGAGCUGAAACAAAUGAUCAAUGAAGUCGAUCAAGAUGGCGACGGUACAGUCGAUUUCCCAGAAUUCCUUGUUCUCCUUGUCCGAAAGAUGAAGGAGGCAGGCGGUGAAACCGAAAUGCGAGAGGCCUUCCGGGUGUUCGAUAGGGACGGGAACGGAAUGAUUACAGCAGCUGAACUCCGAAAUGCCAUGUAUAACCUCGGAGAGAAACUCACUGAUGAAGAAAUAGACGAAAUGAUCAAGGAGGCAGAUAUGGAUGGAGAUGGUCAACUAAACUAUCAAGAAUUCACGUCUAUUCUACGCAAAUAACCUUGUGUUCCUGACUCAUUCCUGGUCAUCGCUUUUGCUACAGUCCGGAUUAUUCAUUCCCGUCACCAACUUGCUGUUUAUUUAAACCUGCCAUCUUCCUGCUUUUGUCCUGUUGUUUUAUAGUUGUUAUAAAGAAACUGUCGCUACAAUAUUUUGAAGAUUGGAGCGAACAAAAAACGCGACGGAUCAAACAAAUGUAUGUUUUGUUUUCAUCUUGUUGUUGAAUAUUUAAUAAACAAAUCAAUAAAACAAUAUUGAUAAAACAUUA